AUGGCUCCUGAAGUUGCAGCCGUUACUGGUGGAGGAGGCAGUGAUUUUCCGGCGAGACUCACCGCUCAAGUGGUGGUUUGUUCGCUCAUUGCGGCCUUCGGCGGCCUCAUGUUUGGCUACGAUAUAGGAAUAUCAGGUGGCGUGACGGGAAUGGACGAAUUCCUGUUGAGAUUCUUCCCGGGUGUUUAUGAGAAGAAGCACCAUACGAAGGAGAACAACUACUGCAAAUUCGACGAUCAGCUGCUCCAGCUCUUCACCUCGUCGCUCUACCUGGCCGCCGUCGUCUGCAGCUGGCUCGCCUCCUUCUCCUGCAACAAGUUCGGCCGGAAACGCACCAUGCAGAUGGCCUCCGUCUUCUUCUUGGUCGGCGUCGGACUCAACGCCGCCGCUCAGAACCUUGGGAUGCUCAUCGCCGGGAGGCUCUGUUUGGGCGCCGGCGUCGGAUUCGGGAACCAGGCGGUGCCGGUUUUCAUAUCGGAAAUUUCUCCGGCGAAGUACCGCGGAGGGCUGAACAUCUGCUUCCAGCUGAUGAUCACGAUCGGGAUUUUAGUGGCCAACGUCGUUAACUUCUUCACAUCGAAAUUGCACGACGGCUGGAGAUAUUCCCUCGGCGGCGCCGGGUUUCCGGCGAUAUUCCUCGGGCUGGGAUCCCUGAUCAUAGUGGAGACUCCGACGAGCCUGAUCGAGCGGGGCCACAAGGAGCAAGGCCUGAGAAGCCUCCAGCGGAUCCGCGGCGUGGGCGCGGAGGAAGUGAAGAAGGAGUACGACGAGAUCGUCCGCGCCACCGCCGCCCAGGCGGAGCAUCCGCACCCCUUCCGGAACCUCCUGACGAAGAAAUCGAGCUUCCCCCAGCUUUUCGUCGCCACAAUUUUCCAGGUCUUCCAGCAGUUCACCGGAAUCAACGUGGUGAUGUUCUACGCGCCGGUUCUGUUCCAGACGAUGGGCCUGGGGUCCGACGCGUCCCUCCUCUCGUCGGUGGUGAUGGGCACAGUGAACGUGUUGUCGACUCUGGUGGCCGUGUUCGCCGUGGACCGGUUCGGGCGGCGGGUCCUUCUGAUGCAGGCGGCGGUGCAGAUGGUGAUGACGCAGGUGGCGAUGGGGGUGCUGCUGGCGACGCAUCUGGGGACGACGAACGUGAUGGCGAAGGGGUACGCGUACCUGAUGCUGGCGCUGAUCUGCCUGUACGUGAUGGCGUUCGCCUGGUCGUGGGGCCCGCUGGGGUGGCUGAUCGCCAGCGAGGUUUUCCCGGCGGAGACGCGGACGGCGGGGUUCUUCGUGGCGGUGAGCACCAACAUGGUCUGCACCUUCAUCAUAGCGCAGUCGUUCCUGUCGAUGCUCUGCACCAUGAGAGCGGCGAGCUUCUUCUUCUUCGCCGGCUGGAUCGUCGUCAUGGGCAGCUUCGCGACGUUCCUCUUGCCGGAGACGAAGGGCAUCCCAAUCGAGGAGAUGACUGACAAGGUGUGGAAGAAGCACUGGUUCUGGCGCCGGUUCUACGACCGCCCCAAUCCCACGCCGGCGGCUUAA